UUCCUGUGGAGUUCUGUCCCCUAGGACACUGGAGGCCUGGGAGCAGCAUGGUAGAAGGUUAGGGAUAGCAUGGGUCUGAGGGGUGGGCCUCACCUUGCAGGAUUUGGAGGGGUUGUGGGGUGGGGCUGAGCCUGAAGUCCUGAGGCAUUUCCAGCCCUCGCCAGAGACCUGAGCUGGGGAGGGGGCCCCACCCUACAGGCUGUGCCUUCUACAGCCUGAAAGAAGGACAAAGGGAGAGGGUGGGGCCCUGGGCUGGCGGAGCCCGAGAUUGGAACUGCCAAGCUCUCACUGGCUCCAGGGCACCCAACACCGCUGACUGGGUGGGCGGCAUCCCUCCAGCCGCUGGGGCUAUAUAAAGCCACCCCAAGGCUGGAUCCCCUACUGCCCUGGUGAGCAUGAAGGUGUUUCUCCUUGCCCUGCUGGCCACCAGCCUGGCCCUGCAGCCAGGUGCCGGCCUGCAAUGCUACUCCUGCACGGCUCAGGUGAGCAACCGGGACUGCCUGAAUGUGAAGAACUGCACCGCGGGCCAGACCCAGUGCUGGACUGACCGCAUCCGUGCUGCCGGUCUCGUGACACUCAUCAGCAAGGGCUGCAGCUCUGACUGCGUGGACGACGCUGAGAACUAUUAUGUGGGCAGGAAGAACCUCACCUGUUGCUCCACAGACCUGUGCAAUGCCAGCGGGGCCCACAACCUGCGGCCAGCCGCCGCCCUGGGGCUGCUCACGGCGCUGGCCAGCCUGCUGCUCUGGGGCCCUGGCCGGCUCUGAGCCCAGCGUACCUGGCCUAGCCAGGGGCCCUCCUGCCCCCCGCAGGCCUCGAGACCCUGGCCCAGGUCCCAGUAUGCCCAGGUCCCCACCCCCACUGCCCCUUGCCCUCCCAGGUUCCUUCUGGGCCGGCUGGCCGCCCCCUGCCCAGCUGGGCUUGUGAGGCCUGUAGUGGACCCUCCUGACCCCACACCCACGCAGCCAGUUUCCA